UUUUUAGGGGGGUAAAAGUGAAAUUUAGAAACUAUUAACACCCAUCUUAACAGGGUCGUGGGUAUCCGGAUCCGGGUCAUCGGCUUCUCUGAUCGAAGUUUUUUUUCCCUAAAUCAAAAUUACCGGUCGGCGAAUCACCGCCGGCGGACAGAGAAUAUUCUCCGACCAUAACCGGAAACCUAAUUUUUAACACACAGAUAUGCAUGCACCGAAAUUUGACUAAUGAGGCACUGAAAAAUACACAAAUGGCGGCGGAAAACUUGAGCUCUCUACCUCCGGUGCCGCCACUUCGCUUCCCUACGUACAUCACAUCCGUAGACAUCUCUCCCCAAGCACGAAUCCUCUGCGAAAUCCUCGCCGCCGCGCCGGUUCACGAAGUGGAGGCGCGUCUGGGAUCCACCCUAAUUCAACCCGACCCGGAAACCGCCCAGCAAGUCCUGAAGCUAUCGUACAACAAUCCGUCCACCGCCGCCAAAUUCUUCCGGUGGGCGGGGCUGGCGCAGAAGCACACCGGCUAUUCGUGGAAUCUCAUGGUGGAUUUGCUGGGGAAGAAUAAACUGUUUGAGCCAAUGUGGGACGCAAUUAGGUCAAUGAAGCAGGAGGGUUUGCUCUCCUUGACCACAUUCGUCUCGGUUUUCGAGAAUUACUGCAUUGCCCGGAGGUUCGAUGAAGCUGUCAUGACUUUCGAUGUUAUGGAAAGGUACGGAAUCCCACCAGACAUCGUCGCGGUAAAUUCGUUACUGAGCGCCAUGUGCAGAGAAGAUAACCAAACGGUGAAAGCGCUCGAAUUUUUCGAUAGAGUAAAAGCCAAAAUACCACCAGAUGCGGACUCGUUCGCCAUUCUAUUAGAAGGAUGGGAAAAGGAAGGAAACGUGGCCAAGGCCAAAAACACGUUCGGCGAAAUGGUGAUUCGCGUCGGGUGGAGCCCAGACUACAUGUUCGCGUACGACGCAUUUUUAAACACCCUCGUACGCGCCUCGAAUGCCGACGAGGCGGUCAAGUUCUUGCAGGUGAUGAAGGGGAAGAACUGCCUGCCAGGUUCGAGAUUCUUCUCCAAUGCGCUCGAUAUUUUCGUGAAACAGAAAGAUUCCGUACACGCUGUUAUGCUGUGGGAUAUAAUGGUGGGCGGUGGAUUAGUCCCGAGCUUGGUGAUGUACAAUGUCAUGAUCGGUUUGCUCACGGCCGACAAUAAUAUCGAAAACGCCUUUCGCCUGCUCGAUGGCAUGGCGUUCCACGGCGCUUUCCCGGACUCUUCGACUUAUAACAUGAUCUUCGAGUGUUUGAUAAAGAAUAAAAUGGUUCGUGAAGUCGGGAAGUUCUUUAUGGAGAUGGUGAAAAACGAGCAGCAGCCAACUCCUGCGAAUUUAACCGCCGCCAUAAAGUUGCUGUUUGAUGGGGAUGAUCCGGAGAUUGCGAUCGAGAUGUGGAAAUACAUGUCUACGAACAAUAUUUCGCCCCGUGAUGAAGGAGCUAACGCGGUGCUUCUUGGUUUUUGUAGUAUGGGGAGGCUCUCGGAUUUGAGAAGGUUUGCCGAAAAGAUGAUCGACGAAAGAAUUAUAAUCAACGAGUCAACAAUGACGAAGGUGAAGAAUUGUUUCUAUAAAGAGGGGAAAGGUUCGCGCGAAAUCUACGACCAGAUUUCGAGAAAGUGGAAAUCUUCGUACGUUUAACGGCUUUAGUGUACGUUGAAAUUGCAGUAGGCUGUUUUUCUAGGUGGUUUCUUGAAAAAAAAAACAACGAAUUUCAUGUGCUUUUU